GUACGACGUCGACAAUCGAGAAUAAUGUUGCACAAUGUUAGUUACUAUUGCAGCAGCGACAAAUUCUUCCAAAUUCUAAGUAUACUCUCUACGAAUUUAUAAUUAUAAAGUCCUGAAUUUUCUCAAAUAAUUUUUUAAAACUUCACGAAGAUUGAAAUGAUUUGAGUCGCAAAGACAUAACUAAAAGUAGGAGAAAGAGUGAAAACAUAUCUAUUUAAAAUUGGAAUACCACCGACCAACGUUUAACCGUCCUUUCUUCAACAAUCAAUAAAUGUUAAGCAUAAGGGAACCAUUGGUUAACAGCAACAAAAAUCAGUUAAAUACAUAUCAAGUGUAAAACGUACCGAAACUAAAAUGACCACAAAUCAGACAGAUUUGCAUCUGAAAAAAAUUUCUGGAAGUAAACAUUCGGAUGCAGGAAAUGUGGAAGUUGCAGAGAUCAAACUUUAUAAACGCCGCUGGGUCGUUCUAUUCCUGUUUGUGUUUUACUCGGGUGCAAAUGCGGCUCAAUGGAUCCAAUACAGUAUUAUCAACAAUAUUAUUGUCAAAUAUUAUGGCAUUAAUGAUAAGUGGGUGGAUUGGACUUCAAUGAUAUACAUGAUAGUUUAUAUACCACUAAUUUUUCCGGGAAGUUGGUUUCUUGAUAAAAUGGGGCUGCGGAUAACAGCAUUGGUCGGCAUUGUUGGCACAUGUAUUGGCUCAUGGAUUAAAGUAUUUUCUGUACAACCGGAUCUUUUUUAUGUCACAUUUAUUGGUCAGACUAUUGUCGCGCUAGCCCAGGUAUGCAUAUUGUCAUUGCCAGCACGCAUCGCCGCCGUUUGGUUUGGGCCUCAUCAAGUAUCGUCAGCGUGUAGCGUGGGAGUAUUUGGCAAUCAACUUGGCAUUGCUGUUGGUUUUGUGCUCCCUCCAAUUUUAGUAGGAAACUCGGAUGAUCUAGAAAUAAUCGGGAGUGAUUUAUUAUUUAUGUUCUACUGUUUCGCAGGCUUUACAACCAUUUUAAUGGUGCUGAUGAUAUUUUUUUUUAGGGAUAAGCCGCCGACGCCGCCAAAUCCAAAGCGAUCUAUAAUUCCUGCAGCUGGUACAGAGUCUGAAGCAUCUUUUAAGCGAUCGUUGAAGAAUUUGGCUAUUAAUCGUAAUUAUAUACUGCUUUUAAUUUCCUACGGCAUGAAUGUCGGCGUUUUCUAUGCGAUAUCAACUUUGCUUAACCCAGUUGUGCUCAAAUAUUAUCCGGGACAUGAAGUUGAUACUGGUCGCAUUGGUUUGACUAUUGUUCUUGCGGGCAUGAUCGGCUCUGUUGUAAGCGGUGUGGUCCUGGACCAAAUGCGCAAAUUUAAAGAAACCACCUUGGCUGUCUAUGCCUUCUCUAUGGUUGGCAUGUGGGUAUUUACAUUUACCUUAGAAACGGGUAAUAUCGCUGUGGUCUAUGUGACGGCUGGACUUUUGGGAUUCUUCAUGACCGGCUAUUUGCCAGUUGGUUUCGAGUUCGCCGCAGAGCUUACAUAUCCUGAACCCGAAGGUACUUCGUCCGGUUUGCUUAAUGCAGCUGCCCAAGUAUUUGGUAUUGGAUUCACGUCUCUAUAUUCAGAAUUAUUCUAUUCCUACGGAGAUAUUCCAGCCGAUGUUUUUAUGUCUAUUAUGCUAGUGUUAGGCACAUUAAUUACUGGGUUCAUAAAACCGGAUUUGAGAAGGCAAAAUGCAAAUCGAGAAAAUGCAGCGCCAGAAUUCACAGUUUCCGCCGAAUCAGUGCAAGUGCAGUCUUCAGACGUUAUCAUCAUCCCAACUGAGAAGCUAAAGGACAUUAGUACGUAGAAAUAUUUAUUUGCUUUUAUUAUAUAAUGAUAAACGAGCACCUGAAGUUGAUCUUCACAUAUUUGCAAGCUUUAACGUUGUAUUUGUUCGUCUUUCAAAAAGACAAAUUUUAAAUGAAAGGAUAUGUCUGUUCCGAAAUAUAAACGAGUAAAAUGUA